GAAGAUCUCUCGGGCGCGGGGCUCUGCGCGCGUGGCAGCCAUCACUCGUCCAGACUGCUUUCCACCGACUGCUGGGCGCUCUGCCCAAGGGAACGUCGAGGGCCAUGGCGGACUUGAAACUGCUGGUGCCGGAGCUAGACGAAGCAGAGGCAAUGGGCGCCGAGACCGCGCGUUUCCAGGAGCUGCUGCUGCAGGCCUCCAAGGAGCUCCAGCAAGCCCAGACAAGCAGACCAGAAUCAACACAGAUCCAACCUCAACCUGGCUUCUGCAUAAAGACCAACUCAUCCGGAGGGAAGGUUUUCAUCAACAUCUGUCACUCUCCCUCCAUCCCUCCUCCGGCUGACGUGACCGAGGAUGAGCUGCUUCAGAUGCUAGAGGAGGACCAAGCUGGGUUUCGCAUCCCCAUGAGCCUGGGAGAGCCUCACGCCGAACUCGAUGCAAAAGGCCAGGGUUGUACCGCCUACGACGUAGCUGUCAACAGCGACUUCUACCGGAGGAUGCAGAACAGCGAUUUCCUGCGAGAGCUCGUGAUCACCAUCGCCAGGGAGGGCCUUGAGGACAAAUACAGUCUGCAGCUGAAUCCAGAGUGGCGAAUAUUGAAGAACCGGCCGUUUAUGGGCUCCAUCUCCCAGCAAAAUAUCCGCUCCCAGCAGCGUCCUCCGAUCCAGGAGCUGGGGAACCUGUUUACUGCUGACUCCUUGAGACCUGAGGAAGGCCCUGAAAAGCCUCACCUGAACCUUUGGCUGGAAGCCCCUGACCUCCUUUUGGCGGAAAUUGACCUCCCCAAACUGGAUGGAGCUCUCGGGCUGUCCCUGGAGAUCGGGGAGAACCGCCUGGUGAUGGGGGGCCCCCAGCAGCUGUACCAUCUGGAUGCCUACAUCCCCCUGAGGAUCAACUCUGAUGAGAGCAAGGCGGCAUUCCAUCGGAAAAGAAAGCAACUGAUGGUGGCGAUGCCCCUUCUGACCAUGCCUUCUUGACCCAGUGUCUUCCUGUGCUCCCAAGUGAGGAGAAGGUGGUAGCUUCUCUAAAAUUGAAAUAAAAGAUUUUUCCCCUUUG